AUGUCGACAACCAACGAUGUUGCGAAGACUCUCAAGUCCCUCCAUGUUUCCCACCAGCCUCUCGUCCUUGCCAACGUCUGGGAUAUUGCGUCUCUGAACACGAUCCUCAGUAUCAAUACCGACAAUUCCAAGCCUGUGAGAGCGAUCGCUACAGCCUCAUGGGCAUUCGCUGCCGUCCUGGGCAUCAAGGAUGAAGACCUCACCAUGGAACAGAAUCUAAGCGCCAUACAGUGUCUUGCUCCCAUUGUUUCCCGUGCGGGCUUACCGCUUUCUGUCGAUCUGCAAGACGGUUACGGGUCCCGUAUUCAGGAAGCAGUUAUGCAAGCUGUCCAAGUAGGUGAACACGGCGCCAAUCUUGAAGACAGCAUACCCUCUCAAGGACUAGGAAAUGGAAUCGAAGGGUCGCUGUAUUCACUCAGCCAACAGGCCCAGCGCAUCCGGUUGGCUUGUCAAGCUGCAUCAGACGCUGGAUGCCCCGACUUUGUCAUCAACGCCCGCUGUGACAUAUUCGCUCUUGGGGACGUCCCAGGGUUGGACAUUAAUACACGGAUGCAAGAGGCUGUGAAGCGAGGAAAGGCGUAUCUUGAAGCUGGAGCGACAACUGUCUUUUACUGGCGAGGAUAUGGAGCAGGUUUGACAGAAGAUGAGGUGCGCAAGCUAGUGGACGAUCUGGGUGGUCGUGUUGCUAUCCGUCUGGGACAAACCAAACAUGCUUUGUCGGUGGCUGAGCUGGGCAAGAUUGGAGUUGCAAGAAUCAGUGUAGGGCCAAGUUUAUUCCAGAUAGCGAUGCACGCUGCGAAGCAAUCCGCUAUCGAUUUGCUGCAAGGCGGUCAUUUACAAGAGGUGUAG